AUGGCUCACCAUUACCAGCUAUCCUCCCUCUUACUGCUUGCAUUUCUCAACUUGUGCUUCAUCCAUGGCCCGAUAACUGGAGCAACCGCACGUCGUCUUCUAGAGACGCCCCUCCCCGAGAUUCCUAAACUAGAGUUCCCUAAAGUUCCAACCUUGCCAAAGCUUGAGAUCCCAACUGUGCCGAAGCCUGAGCUUCCAACCAUACCAAAGGCUGAAAUGCCAGCUGUUCCAAAGCCUGAGAUUCCUAUUAUGCCAAAACCUGAAGUACCAACUGUGCCAAAGCCCGAGCUACCAUCUAUCCCUAAGCCUGAGUUACCAACUUUACCAAAGCCUGAGAUCCCAGCUGUGCCCAAGCCUAAGUUACCAGUUGCCCCAAAACCUGAGCUUGCUGCUGUGCCAAAGCCUGAGAUCCCAGCAAUGCCAAAACCCGAGCUUCCUCCCCUGAAAAAGCCAGAAAUCCCAACAGUGCCAAAGACCGAGGUUCCUCCAGCUAUGAAAAAUCCUGAAGUUCCAGCUUUGCCAAAGCCCGAGGCACCAAUUGUGCCAAAGCCAGAAAUCCCGGAACUACCAAAGCUAAAACUACCAGAGCUUCCAAAGCCAGAAGUCCCAGCUAUGCCAAAGCCUGAAAUCCCAGAAAUUCCUAAACCAAAAGAGAUAUCUUUUCCUUCACUUUCUCCACCACACAAACCCGCUACUCCUUGA